CGUGGUAGCUAUGCGGGUGCUUGUGGGUGGCGGGACGGGCUUCAUUGGGACAGCCCUAACCCAACUUCUGAAAGCCAGAGGCCACGAAGUGACACUGGUCUCCCGAAAGCCCGGGCCAGAUCGGAUUACGUGGGAUGAGCUCACUACGUCGGGGCUGCCCCGCUGCGAUGCCGCUGUCAACCUGGCGGGAGAGAACAUCCUCAACCCUCUCCGAAGGUGGACUGAAGUCUUCCAAAAAGAGGUUCUCAGCAGCCGCUUGGAGACCACCCACAUACUGGCUAGAGCCAUCACCAAGGCGGCACAACCCCCCCAGGCCUGGGUUUUAGUUACAGGUGUAGCUUACUACCAGCCCAGCCUAACUGCUGAGUAUGACGAGGACAGCCCAGGAGGAGAUUUUGACUUUUUCUCCAACCUCGUAACCAAAUGGGAAGCUGCAGCCAGGCUUCCUGGAGAUUCUACACGCCAGGUGGUGGUGCGCUCUGGGGUUGUGCUCGGCCGUGGGGGCGGUGCCAUUGGUCACAUGCUAUUGCCUUUCCGCCUGGGCCUGGGGGGCCCCAUCGGCUCAGGCCACCAGUUCUUCCCCUGGAUUCACAUCAGGGACCUGGCAGGAAUCCUGGCCCAUGCCCUUGAAGCAAGCCACGUGCAGGGGGUCCUGAACGGAGUGGCUCCAGCCUCCACCACUACAAAUGCAGAGUUUGCUCAGGCCUUGGGCACAGCCCUGGGCCGUCCAGCCUUCAUCGCUCUCCCCAGCACCGCUGUGCAAGCUAUCUUUGGGCGAGAACGUGCCAUCAUGCUGCUGGAGGGCCAGAAAGUGGUCCCACGGCGGACACUGGCCACUGGCUAUCAGUAUUCUUUUCCAGAGCUGGGGGCCGCCUUGCAGGAAAUCAUAGCCUAAGUGGGGAGGAUCAUGGCAGGGCCCACGGCCUGUCCCUCAACAGAGACUUCCGGUUAGCGACUGAAUAGGCUCAGGUUCUCCUCUACUUAAGACCUGAAAGCAUCUGGUUCUUCCUCUCCGUCCUUUCUUUCUUGUUGUUCUGUUGGUCCACCUAUUUAACUGAGAGACUGUCCAGUUUCAAGGAUGCCGUCUCAGCAAGUCCUUUUCAAGUCCUCUUCAACUCCUUGUAAAAGAAUUUCCAAGUUUGGUUUCCCUACAGGUCCCAUUCCUUCCCCAUUUCUCCUUUUUGCUGUCUAGUGAAUGCUCUACAGUUUAGGCAAUAAAGAUAAAUUCUCUCUCUA